CAGUAAACCUUUUCAAAUGUUACGUUUCCUAUGCGUUUUAUGGAAGAUAACAUGAAGUGUUGUAGAUCGUAGUACGUUUGUUGUUUAAAAUUGUGAACUCAAAUUUUAAUUUAAUAAUUAAAACAAAAACGUGAUCCUUACUUAGAUGGCAUGUCGCAGUAUCAUACCAUUGUUCAUUUAGUGGCUGGCGGGUAUGUAUUGAAAGAAUAUUUUCAAUCAAGGAUUUCUAAAAAACUUGGUGGUACAGCCGGUGCUAUUGCUACUUGUCCUUUAGAAGUAGUUAAAACUAGACUUCAGUCUUCUGUUGCAAAUUUCGGUGCCUACUCCUCACUUUCUACCAGCAGAAGUCGCUUUGCAUCUCUGCCACGAUUUGACUUUUGCAACUGUGAAUCCUAUGAACGGUUUUCUCCUGUUAUUACUUCUGAAGUAGCUGCAAGACAUCAACAAUCUGUGGGAAUCUGGCGUUGUUUAAAGCAUAUUGUAGAAACUGAAGGAGCUAAAGCUUUAUUCAAAGGUCUUGGUCCGAAUCUAGUGGGAGUUGCUCCAUCCAGGGCUAUUUAUUUCUGUACAUAUUCCCAUGUCAAAAACUUCUGUAAUGAGCACAUUACUCCUGACACCCCUCUUGUGCACAUCUGUUCUGCUGCAGCAGCUGGUUUCACAUCCUGUUCCCUUACUAAUCCCAUAUGGUUUGUUAAAACAAGAUUGCAAUUAGAUCAACGAACAUAUGGUAGUGUUACUACAAUCCAGUGCAUUAAAGAUAUCUAUAAUUCUAAAGGAAUAGUUGGUUUCUACAAGGGUAUCACUGCUUCCUAUUUCGGUAUCUCCGAGACCAUUGUUCACUUUGUAAUUUAUGAAUUCAUUAAGGCUAAACUGAAAGAAGGAAGACAGAAUGGUUGCUACCCCACUGAUCGAAAAUCUACAAGAGACUUUGUAGAGUUCAUGUGUGCUGGUGCUGUGUCUAAAACCUGUGCUUCCUGCAUUGCCUAUCCUCAUGAGGUUGUGCGAACAAGACUGCGCCAAGUUGGCGACAAAUACAAUUCCUUCUUUCAAACCUUAUUGCUAGUUUACAAAGAAGAGGGUCAUCAUGGAUUAUAUCGAGGAUUAGCUACACAGUUGGUGAGACAGAUUCCAAACACUGCCAUUAUGAUGGCAACCUAUGAAGCAGUUGUCUACCUUUUAACAAACUAUUCCUGUUCAGUUCCCUCCAUUCAAAUGUGUGAUGAUGAGGAGUCAUUCUGAAUAUAAUUUUUGUACAAAAACUCAAGAAACUUUUUCAAUUUUUCAUGGCAUUUUUUCCAUAAGUUGUUUUUCAUCUCAUUAAUUUCGGUAAAGUUAUAUCCUGGUGAUUUAGUCUUAAGUUUACAACUCAUCAUUUCUUAAUUUAAUUGGUUUUGAUGCAUUAUUUUAUCAUUUUAUGAAAAUUCAAAGGAAUUUUUUAUAAUUAAUUUUUUUAACAUCUUUCAAAUUGUAUUGAGAUUUCUUUUACUAUAUUACGGUUGAAAUUACAAAUUUGGUUUUCCAGUGGUUAAUGGAUUUAUUACUAAUAAAUUUCCUUUUUUGACAUUUACUAAAUACUUUAUCCAUUAUUUAAUAGGGAUAGCUUUUUAUUGUCAAAUUAAAUUUAAAUUUCUAUCUAAAUUUGUAAAUUAUUUUAAAAAUAGUGAAAUUUAAGUUUUAAUUAUUAAACUUAUGUUAUGAUUAUCAAUCUUGAAUAACCAAUGGGGUUUUUUUUUUUAAUAAUAAUAUUGUAAAAAGUAUGAAUUUUGAAGUUAUAUUCUGUUCCUAAAAUUCUGCUUGUGUCAUUAAUUCCUUAAACACCUAUCAUAUGCUUCAGUGAUAAUUUUGUACAGUGCUAGUUAUUUUUACAUCUGGGAAUUUUCUGUAUAUUAUUAUUAAACUGUUGGACAACUAGAACAGACAUUGUAAAAUAUUUAGUUUAUUUUCAAAAGAUUUGACUCUUUAUUUUCUUAAGAAUGUUAUAUUAACUGUGUAAUUCAAGUUGUUGCAAUUAUGAAAAACACUGGCUGUGUAUAUUUGUUUUAAAUUUUGAAGUGAUGUUAAUCACUUAAAGUUUGCUUAACUUAUACAAGACUAAAGAAUGAUUUUAUCUUUUUUCUUGCUGAUAAACAGAAUUUGAUAAUAUGCCUUUAAAAAGUACGAUUUAGCUGUUUAAUUAAAUUGAAAUUUUCCAAAUUAUCGUAUUGAAAUUUAAAAAUUUACCAUCAAAAUUUUCCAAAUUAUUGUAUUGAAAUUUAAAAAUUAAUCAUCAAAAAUUUUUCCAUGGUUGUAUUUAGUUAAUUUUAUUUAACAUUUAUAAAUUAAUUUGUUUUGGUGUUUUAUUUUUGUAGAAAACAAGAUUGCUGUUAAAUGUUUAUAUGAUGAAAGUUUUGUGAGGUUUAGCCAUUUGUGGGCAUUUAUAAAUAUUGUGAACACAUAUUGGUGAAGGUAUAUAAGCAAUAUUUAAACGUUAAAUUCCAAAAAAAAAUAGGGGUCUAAAAUCCUUAAAAAAUAUGCUUACAUAAUAGAACGGCCCCUUAUUUUUCUUGAUAUUGAAGUACUUAUUAAGUGAUUUCUUAAAGCAUAGAGCUUAAAAUAUAUUUUUUAAAAAAUAAUGCUGUAUAUAUGUGUAAAUUUAUUUAAUAAUGAGUAAAAGAUAUCGAUCAAGCUUUUAAGAAAUUUUCUUCUGAGAGUUAAAAGUAAUAUAGUAAUUAUUCUUUUAGUACAUUAUUUUUGGUAGAAAUAUAAAAAGGUCCCAUUGUGAUAUUGUAAGGCAGGUUAGGUGCUUUAUCAUUGUUUGUAAAUAUGUUCAUUGUUUGUAAAGUUUACUUUUCUAGUCUCAUUAUCAUGUAUAUAAAGUAUUGUAUUAGUAAUUGUUGGCAUGUUGCAUUUUUCUUCACAAAUAAGCUUAAUGCCAUUAAAUGCAACUUUAAUGUAAAUAUUGUUGUAUAGAUUGUAAAUAAAAGAUAAAUCUCCAA